AUGAAGGGCAUUCGUGCUGUCAAUCUUGGUGACAGUGGUUUCAUUGUUGUUAGAGAUGGGUGCACUAUAUUUAGGUCACCAGUGCAGCAACAUGAUUUCAACUUCACUUAUCAACUUGAGAGUGGCAAUGCAAGCGAUCUACCUAGUGCUGCCCAGGUGUUCACUUUCCCAGUCGAAUCAGGCGAUGUGAUCGUUGCAGGGACAGAUGGACUCUUUGAUAACUUGUACAACAGCGAUAUCACCGCUGUUGUCGUUCACGGCAUUAGAGCUGGUUUAGGACCUCAAGUGAUGGCCCAGAAGAUAGCUGCAUUAGCUCGCCAACGAGCCCAGGAUAAGAACAGGCAAACACCCUUCUCGACUUCUGCCCAAGAAGCCGGCUACCGCUACUAUGGAGGCAAGCUCGAUGACAUCACCGUCGUCGUCUCCUACAUCACUGCCUUCGGCAAUUAG